CAAGCCAACAGGCUGGCGGCCGGAGCAGGGCUUGCCCGGGCGUGUUGGAGCUGCAGGUUCCCUGGACGCCACGUGCUGGCGUGAGAAGACUCGCUGGGCUUUCAGGCUGCUGCCCUGUAGGCAGAUUACCUCCCAGACCUCCCUUGCCCUGAGCGGUGAGCUGAUUGGGAUGGUGGCCCGGGAAGCUUCUGAGUCUGCCCAGUGCCUGUGCCCUUCCCUGGCCAGCCUGAAUGCCAAGGAUGUGCUUCGGAGGAAACACAAGAGGAAGAGCCGACAGCACCAGCGGUUUAUGGCCCGGAAGGCCUUGCUGCAGGAGUAUGGGUUGCGGAACACACCCCUGGAGCCAGGAUCCUCCCCAGGCACCAAAGCCGCCAGCAGUGUGAGGCAGCGUCCAAGGGCUGAAUCUGGAGGUGCCCAAGGCAGCAGAAAGCCCACCCCCAGAGAAUCUGCUGGGCCCUUGCCCAGCAAGUGCGUGGCUAUCGACUGUGAGAUGGUGGGCACGGGACCGCGAGGGCGGGUGAGUGAGCUGGCCCGCUGCUCCGUGGUGAGUUACCAUGGCGAGGUCCUCUAUGACAAGUACAUCCAGCCUGAGAUGCCCAUCGUGGACUACCGCACUCGCUGGAGCGGCAUCACCAGGCAGCACAUGCGCAAGGCCAUCCCCUUCCAGGUGGCCCAGAAAGAGAUCCUCAAGCUCCUGAAGGGCAAGGUGUUGGUGGGGCACGCCCUGCACAAUGACUUCCAGGCCCUCAAGUACAUCCACCCUCGGGGCCAGACCCGGGACACCACUUAUGUCCCCAGCCUCCUCAGCCAGCCCAGCCUCCACGCCCGGACCCGCGUCUCUCUUAAGGACCUGGCCCUGCAGCUGCUGCACAAGAAAAUCCAGGUGGGCCAGCACGGGCACUCAUCGGUGGAAGACGCUGUGACGGCCAUGGAGCUCUACCGGCUGGUGGAGGUGCAGUGGGAACAGCAGGAGGCCAGCAGCCUCCAACCCCACCCUGAGGACAGAGAGCCCGACAGCAGCACAGACAUGGAGCAGUAUAUGGAGGACCAGUACUGGCCGGAGGACCUGGCCCAGGGCACCAGCAGAGGAACAGGAGAGGCACCGGGCAGAACGGAGUGAGGGAGGGGAAGCUCCACUGGAGAGCGGGGACCAGGAGAGUGGCUGGGGCCGGAUGCCACCAGUGUCCCCCAGGGCCUAAAGUGUUGGGACCAUCUGCCCACAGCACAGUCCCCGAUUCUGUGGUCUUGCUGAUGGCACUUUACAGGCACCAUGAAAAUGGCAGGUGGGCUAUAGCUGCUUGAGCCUAGCAGGAGUAGGGGAUGCGCCGGCAGACUCCCCACCCCCAGGCUGUGCUCUCUAAAGGGAUGAUCUCUCCCUCCUUGGGGGUGGGUGGGGUGGGUGUCCCUAUUCAAGAAUUCCCUUGUCUCGCCCCAGUGACCUGGGGUAAAGCUCUCUUCCUGUUGUCACCAUCUACCUCUUCCUCCACAGUCAUUUUCAGGAGAAUAACUAUGCCCUGAAGCUACAGAGUUAAGGCCACUCCAGGGUCAUUUUGUCCCUUUCUCUCAGAACUGGAAGCCUGGCUGUAGCCAUCGUAGGAGCUGCCAGGCUACAAUGGAAUAGCAGAGACCUCAGCUCGUGGGGAGCUGGGUCUUCACUUGCUCACCACCAGAACUCACCAGGCACUAUUCUGGGAGGAGGGAAGGCAGAUGAGCUUUGGGUGGAGACUCGCAUAUGUAUUUUGACCCAAGUCAGGCAUUCCUCCUGCCCACCCAGCGCUAGGCUCUCUUAAGCAAAAGUCUGAGAAACAAGACAGCGGUUUGAAUUCUGGGACCCCUGUGCAGAAUUGCCCACAGGGAUCUUUAUUUAUUGAGAGCAAGGCCACGGGUCUGUA